GACUAUGCUAUAUGCGGAGUCAGAUGCAUCUGAAGAAAAUGAGGGAGGGAGGGGACAGGGAUGGAGAGGGAGUGGGACCCGGAUGCUGAUGUUGCUCGUAUCGGAUGAGAAGGAAGAGGAGAGAGAAAAGACCGAUUACGGGAAGAAGCGGAUACUGAAAGGCAGGAGGUCUUCGUUUUCGAGGGCCUCAAUACAAACAGAACGAUUUUCAGAGAAGCGCAAUUAAUAGUCUAUAGGCUACCUUUUACAAGGAUAACGCUGAAUGAAUGAACCCGGGACCGGCAAACGAGGAUACGGGGAAAGAGAGAGAGAAGAUGCUGUGAUAUGCACACAGACAGAGAAGGGAGGGAGAGAGGGAACAAGCGAGAGAGGGAGGGGGAGAGUACUAUGCUAAAGAUGCUUGUUUUACUAGAAACGCGUUUUUCCUCCACGAAACCAAUUGACCGGGGCCUAGUUGAAGAAAUACAUUUCUGUACACCAGAAAGGAAGUUUAUAAGGAUUACAUAUUGACAAAGACUUAUCGUGAGCAGACAGCGAAAUAGAAAGCAUAGUAGGCUAUAGAUACAUGGUAGUUGUUUUGUCAUAAUAAAAGGGCAGAUACAACCAGGAUUCUGACCUGUGAAACGAUACAGUGUGUAUCGUUUGCACGAUAUUUAAUAGUUUCUUUAAACGGUUGUUGAUUCGAUGCAGAUUAAAAAUAAUGGGCAUUGGUAAGCCGUGAGAUAGAGAGCAGGGAGUGGGAAAUGAGGUGAUGGGAAGGGAGGGAGGCUUGAAGAUACAUCUGUAGACUAAAACAGCGUUUUUAAGUAGCUUAUGGUGUUGAUUUCUUAUUUAAAACAAAACUGUAUUUAAAAUUCCGAGGCGGAGACGGACUGGGUUUGUGCGCGACACGCCGACGCGGUUGUGAGCGUAGGCUAGCCUAUAUUAAUAAUUCGAGAUUCCAAUAUAUUAUCAACAAUAAUUAUUAUUUAUUUCCUCGGACUUGUCGUAAAAUAUACUUGAAUUGUGUUCUGUUUAUCACACAUUUAUUACCAAACGUUUAUACCUCUACCCUCUACCUCUCCCCGUUCCCUUCCUCCUUCUUUUCAUUGCCCCCCUCAUUCAUUUAAUCACCAAAACUAUUAUCUUACUGCUUACUGCUGAUUUUCACCAACCGCAAUAUGAUAUAACAUCGCAGAUAUCAAUAAGAGCAAACAUUUUCCGAGAAUACUUGUUAUAAUUUCAAUAUUGGAUAUGAGAAGUGAAGGGUAGGCCACAAAAUUGAAGAGUAGCCUGCUACUACAAGCCCAUUCUCCGUCUCUCACUGUAGAUUAUUAUUGUCUUCGAUUUGUAAUGUCUUUACGUUACCGUUUCGCGUACAAGACGGACAGUUAUAAAUUCCUUUUGAAAAUACUGUAGUUAAGUUAUAUUACUGUAAAAUUAUUUACAAGCCUAUUAACCAUACACGUACAGUAUGUCCAGUAAGGAAAUAUCAGGGAGUCAGUCGGCUCAGUAUGUUGGGCCUUACCGGCUGGAGAAAACGCUGGGGAAAGGACAAACAGGUUUGGUUAAGCUCGGAGUUCACUGUAUCACAGGACAGAAGGUUGCUAUCAAAAUAGUCAACAGAGAGAAGCUAUCUGAGUCUGUGCUUAUGAAGGUGGAAAGGGAGAUUGCUAUUCUGAAGCUCAUAGAACAUCCGCAUGUGCUGAAACUGCAUGAUGUAUACGAGAAUAACAAAUACCUGUACCUGGUGUUGGAGCAUGUAUCAGGAGGGGAGCUGUUUGACUACCUGGUGAAGAAAGGGAGGCUGACACCCAAAGAGGCCAGAAAGUUCUUCAGACAGAUCAUCUCAGCACUCGAUUUCUGUCACAGUCACUCAAUCUGCCACAGGGACCUGAAGCCUGAGAACCUUCUGCUAGAUGAGAAAAAUAAUAUCCGAAUUGCUGACUUCGGCAUGGCCUCACUGCAGGUGGGAGACAGCCUUCUAGAGACCAGCUGUGGAUCCCCACACUAUGCCUGUCCAGAAGUUAUCAGAGGUGAGAAGUAUGACGGCAGGAGGGCUGACGUGUGGAGCUGUGGGGUCAUCCUCUUUGCGCUGCUGGUGGGUGCUCUGCCCUUUGACCAUGACAACCUACGGCAGCUGCUGGAGAAGGUGAAGAGCGGAGUGUUCCACAUGCCCCACUUCAUUCCUCCCGACUGCCAGGCCCUGCUCAGGGGAAUGAUCGAAGUCAACCCAGACAAGAGGCUCACACUUGAAGCAAUACAAAAGCACACCUGGUAUCAGGGGGGUAGGAACGAGCCCUGUCCUGAACAGCCGCCCCCCAGGAGGGUGUGUGUGCGCCGCAUACUGUCCCUGACGGAGCUGGACCCUGACGUGCUGGACAGCAUGCACUCUCUGGGCUGCUUCAGAGACAGAGGAAAACUCACACGGGACCUGCAGUGUGAAGAAGACAACCAGGAGAAGAUGAUCUACUACCUCCUCCUGGAUCGGAAAGAGCGGUACCCCAGCUGUGAGGAUGAAGACCUGCCCCCCAGAAACGACAUAGACCCUCCGCGGAAGCGGGUGGACUCCCCGAUGCUGACCCGGCACGGCCGCUGCCGUCCGGAGCGGAAGAGCCUGGAGGUGCUGAGCGUCACGGAGCAGGGCUCUCCCACGCCUCCCCGCCGGGCUCUGGACACUGCAGCACACAGCCAAAGGUCUCGCUCAGUUAGCGGAGCUUCCACUGGACUUUCCUCCAGUCCCCUCAGCAGUCCCAGGAGCCCCGUCUUCACUUUCAGCCAAUCAGAAGUCACUUCUGCCACCACCACCCAGUCUAAGGACCCUAAACCUGGAAGUGCUACCACUCCUCGGGCAGCCCAGCGAGCACCCGACCAAAAAACCCAAACUCUACCUUCUAAAGCCGCCUCUGAUCGCCCUCACCUUCAGUCCAUGAAGUCUCUCCCGCUCCACAACCCUCCGCCCCCAUCCCCCUCGCCCCUUCUCUCCCCCAUCCCUCGCUUUUUCUUCUUCCCUGCUCCUUCCGUUCUCAAGUCAGUCACCAAAACUAUCUAUCCUAACUCUGCCCAUCCUAACACUCUGUCACAGGUCACUCCCCAGGGCUCUCCGCUGCCCACCCCACUUGGUACCCCUGUCCACCACCCCCAGCAUCCCCCUCCUACCCCUCCUUCUUCUUCCUCCUCCUCGUCCUCUUCACGGGCAGAGGGCGGGGGAGUGGGCGUGGGCUCCCUCUCCCUGACUCCACCCUCCAGUCCUGGGGGUGGUGGAGGCAUGGCGGCCAGUAGCUCCGCCCACUGGAGGACCCGCCUCAACUCCUUCAAGAACAACCUGCUGGGCUCUCCACGAUUCCAUCGACGCAAGCUACAGGUCCCAACAUCAGAGGACAUGUCCAGCCUGACGCCAGAGUCCAGUCCUGAACUGGCGAAGAGGUCCUGGUUUGGGAACUUCAUCAGUCUGGAGAAGGAGGAGCAGAUCUUUGUGGUGAUCAGAGACAAGCCCCUGAGCUCCAUUAAAGCUGACAUCGUCCACGCGUUCCUCUCAAUUCCUUCCCUCAGUCACAGUGUCAUCUCCCAGACCAGUUUCAGGGCAGAGUACAAAUCCUCUGGUGGUCCCUCCGUCUUCCAAAAACCUGUCAAGUUCCAAGUGGACAUAGCCUUCUCUGAGGGAGAGAGGGAGCGAGAGAGAGAGAGGGCAGAGAGGGAGGGCAAGAGGGAGACGGGCAUCUACAGUGUGACUUUCACCCUCAUAUCAGGUCCCAGUCGCAGGUUUAAGAGAGUGGUGGAGACCAUUCAAGCCCAGCUGCUGAGCACUCACGACCAACCUUCUGUGCAGGCGCUUGCUGAUGAAAAAAAUGGGCAGCUGUCUUCUCGGCCACCUGGCACCCCAACCCGCCAGAACUCACGUCGCUCAGAGGGUGGAGGGGACAGGGGCGAGUGGGGCGAGCGAGGGGACGGAGGGGGAAUAGGAGGAAGCGGAGGUGCAUUACAGCGCAGAGGGUCUGGUAAAGACAAGACAAGACUCCUGUCCUCCAAUGGAACGCAGUCUCAACCCUGAGAAAACCGCAACAACCAGUCAGUACUGUAGCGGGUCACAAUUUCACCCUAAACAACACUGAAAGUGAGACAAAAAUGAUCAAAGUGAAAAUUCUUCAGUAAAUUCAAAAGUAACCCAUAAUUCCCCAAUGACAAAAUAAUGCUUUUUAUUUCAACAAAACAUGAUGGUCUAUUGGUCACUGUAAACAUUUUCAUCCCUCAAAGGAAAGAAAACCAAUAACAUAAAUACAGAAAUUUGAUGAUGGCAUUGCAACGCUAUUCUUAAUGAGAAACCAUAACCUCUGGAAAGUUAAAAUAUGAUACAAUCAAUGAUGUUCAAUGUAGUCUUAGAACUACCGUGGAGGAAAAAGGAAAACUGUAUGACAGAAGGAUCCAAACCAGAAGGUCUCAGUGAAAGAACCCACUGGAAACAGGAGAGAGAAACCACCCCAAAGAUUACAGAAAUGAUGUGAAAACAAAGAAUGACGAAGGGGCAAAAAAUCUAACUGAAAAGAAAAUUCCAGCCAUGGAAAAGGUUUAAAGUAGAAAUUGUAAUUUUUUUUCCAUUGUACCAAGCAAUGGACUGAAACACCAUUGGCUAAAGCUAUUGUCACCACACUUGAAUCUUACAAUUCUCAGAGGAAGAAUCUUGAAAGCCCUGUAACAUGUUGGAAAAUGGGAAGAACAGAUCAGAAGUUACAACAAAUGGAAAAGCUUACAAUUACAAUGGUGAGAUCAAGAGGAUCUGGAGCUUACCUCAGUUAUUUUUCUCUCAUGAUAGAAUCAUUGGUAUUUUAGUGAAGAACCAAACAUGAUUUUGGAAACUUGUGGUGAUAUUGCCAGUGGUGAUAUCUCAUCAAAAAGAUUAUCAUAUCAUCAGACCUUUAGUUUAUGAGGGGCAAUUAUCCCUUCAGCUAAUUUAAAUAAUUCUUAAUAUUUGUUGUCAGUUUUUAAAUAGAGACCAAGCAUAAGCUAGUCAGUCAGAGUCAGAUAGCAAUACUACACAUUGAUACAAUGACCUUCUUUCAAAGAAUGGAAUAAGUAAGUGUGCAGGAAAAUUAAAUUGAGUAACUAAUUUGAACCAAGUCAAACUAUGAGGUCCGAAUGAGUGAAGUAGUUCCAACAAAGCAAAGAGAGCGGCAGAUCAGACAAAAAAUACUGAAUGUUAAGGAACAAUUUGUCCUUUAUAUCCAAAAUCCAAGACUGAAAUGCCUGAAGGUGAGGUCAGUACAAUGAAAUCAAGGAGGGUCUAAAAAUUGUGGGAACCUGUAUACAAUUGAACAAGCUACAAAGCUUAGAGGUGUUGAAUCUUAGCUAGUGUCUCUGCAAGUAAAAAUCAGAUGCAAGCUCAAAACUCUCUUGACCUACGAUAGUGAUCAGUCUCCCCAAUGUUACUGAAUCAACCAGCGGAGCAUGAUUUUCAGUGAACCAUUCAACCUGAAGCUUGAAAAAAGGACAGAAAACAUGACAAAUGUGAAGAAUAAGGAAACCUUGAGCGUUCAGUGAUGGAAUUGUGGUGCUCACGCAAAAAAUAAUGGAAAUUUAAUCUGGAGACAGUGACUCUUCAUAAUAGAAAUACACACAAAAAAACUGCACGUUUAAAAAAGAGAAGGUUCAAAAUGAAAUUCAACACCCUUUUCUGUUGACUUUCAUUGUGAUUGUGAAAGCAAAGAAAUUUAAUGAGUUUCCGAAUGAACGAUCAAAAAAAUCUAACCAAGUGAAUGUCUAAAACUGUUACACUUUUAUUUAUUUAUUUAUUUAUUUAUUUAUUUAUUUAUUUAUUUAUUUAUUUAUUUAUUUACUUAUUCAUUUAUUUAAUGCUUUCUUUUAUUUAUUUAUGUUAGAGAGGAGGAUGGAAGAAGAAAGAUAAUUGAAUUCAGUAAGCUGAACAAAUGGAAGAAUAACUAGAAAAGUAGCCUCGGGAAUGAGGCGCAAUCUGUAACAGAGGCCACUGGUAGUGAAUGCUUAAUUGGAAAUCACCGUCAGAAUGGAAGAUAAAACUGCCAGUGAAAACAGAGUGAAGGAAAACGGAUAGCCACAUUUAAAAUCUUUUCAAAACAACAAAAGUUGUCAGUCUUUUUCAGAUUUCAGUCCUUAGUUUCACUCAAUCAUUUAUUUUCCUUCACAUUAAAAUAAACUUUGAAAAUGAAUCUAAAUAAGAAUGAGAAAUUCUGGGAAAAAAUAAUUCUAAAUGGUAACAGAAAAGAAUACUGGAAGAUAUUCAGAACAAACAGAUGGACUACUAUUGUAGUACUGUUACCGAUUGUUACAAGAAAAAAAGUCCAGAAGUAUGGAUAUGAAUAACUGAGUGAUUUUCAGAUUUUUUCACAUAUUUACGCAGUAUUCUUACAUUGACGUAAUAUGAUGAUUCCACAGUCAACUAUGGACAUUUUCUCAUGAAACGGGACUCAAAACUGGAAUGCACUGUCCUCAUCAGAACUGUACACAGGAGAACAAAGUAGCUAUCUUCCAUCUGCCCCUCAGCCCCCCCCCAACCGCCCACCUACCCCCCCCCCCCCACUACCGCACACGCACAUGCACGCAAACAACCCACAAUGCCAUUUGACCAACGCUUCAACAUGCAAAAAUGACACUAAAAGCAGAGGCUUCAUUCUAGUUUCUCUUCUGUCUCUUAUGUAUCCUGUGCAUUGGGCUUCCUUGUCAACAGUACUGUACCAUAAUGUAUCCAGUACAUACAAACAAAUGGGCACCAUUUUUGUUUGACGUCAGUUGGUGAUUGCAUGCACUUUAAGGGAGACUGGCCAGAUAAUUUAGUUAUUAUAGUCAUCAUGGCAUGUUGCUGCAAGCUGUGGUGCUGAAAAAUAUUCUACACUGUACCAUGGUGAAUGUUUUAUUGCAUGCUUAUGGGUGUAUCACCUGUCAAAACUAUCAACAAAAGCAAAACAAAAUGCUUUCACUGUAGAAUAUAUACAUGUAUAUGAUAUAUAUAUAUAUAUAUAUAUAUAUACAUACAUAUACAUACAUAUAUAUACACACAUACACACACACCUUAAUAUUAAUAUUAGAAUUAUCUUGAAUUUCUUUUUGUUUUGCAGGAUUAACAAACACGCCUACAUGGCAUUUAUAUUAUAUUUAGAAUACAAAAUAAGGCCUACACAUCAGCAGCUGAUUUCUGUUGCCUAGCUUGCAUCUAGUGUGAUACCAUUACCUUUAUGGAUGUUAUAUUCAGUUAUGUUGUACUCAUUAUAUACUCAUUUAUGGCAGUAUAUCUCAGUUUUCUUAAAAAAGAAAGAAAAAUAAUUCACGUGAAGUGCACUAAAGUACUGGAAUGUGUACAUUAUACACUAUUAAGUAAAAAUGAAUCUGCUGCUGAAUGAAAGUUGACAUGUUUGUUACUUGUCAAAAAUAAUGAAGAACAUGUUCAGGAACAUAAUGUAUGUAAAAGGUCUCUGCUUCCCCUAAUUUUGCUAAUGGACCAAGACAUAAGUAGACACUGUGUAUAUGUUUUUUUGUAUAUGACGCUGUACUCCAUAAUUUUAUAUCUGUAAUCAAACAAUGUAAUGACGUGUGCACAUUCUCCGCUUUUGUUUAAUUAUCCACUUUGGUUUCCCUAUGUGGAAAUUAGAGCACUUUUUAUACAUAGCCCCCCUCCCCCCCACAUUUCAGGACACCAUAAUGCUUGGGACAUAAUAAUGUUAUGUACAUUAAAGUAAUCAUGUUUAAUACUGUGUACUCUUCAGCAUAUGAAACAGAUGUUCAGUUGGAUUGAGAUCAGGUAAAUGACUUGGCCAGUCAAGAAUUUUCCAGUUUUUGACUUUUAAUAACUCCUUUGUUGUUUUAGCAGUGUGUUUGAGAUCAUUGUCUUGCUGUAAGUUGAAUUUCCUCCCUAUGAGUUUUGAGGCAUUUACCUUGAACUUGCGCUGAUAAGACGCUUGAGUACACUUCAGAAGCUGCUGCUAUCAGCAUUUGAUGAAGACAUUAAUGAAGACCAGUUAAUGUCUUCAUUAAUGAAGUGAGCCAGUACCUGUGUAGUUGUACAUACCUGAACCAGAACACCCCUGCCACCAGAUGGGGGGGGGGGGUGCUGUGGAUCUCGGGCAGUUCCUUCUGGCCUCCACACUUCGCUUCCUGAGUGUUUCUGACCUGUUGGAUGGGUGUUUGGGGUUUUUUCUUCAUUAUGGUGAGAAUUCUUUGGGAAUCAAUUGUAGAGGUCGUACUGAGCUCACCGGAGCUCUCUUUCUUCUUAAUGCUGCUCCAAUAGUUGAUUUUGGUAAACCUAAGGUUUGGCCUAUGUCUCCAGCUGUUUUUUCUUCUUAUUUCUCAGUAAUGGCCUUGACUUUCAUUGGCACAAUUCUGAUUCUCAUGUUGACAAAUGCCAAUUACAGACUCCAGAGGUAAUUGAAAACCUAGAAUCAAGACUAGGUACUGAGAGCUGUCUUAUACCUGUACUUAGGAAGCAAUUAAACACACCUGACUAAUCAGAAAUACCUGUGAACCCAUUUGUUCCAAAAGUUAUGGUGCUCUGAUAUUGGGGGUGUUUGUAUAAAAAGUGCUGUAAUGUCUACAUGGUGAAACCAAAAUGUACAAAAAUAGCAUUUAAUUAAAGCUGUGCAAAAUAAUCUGCAUUUUAACCAUGUGAUUUGUUUGAAUCCAAAUAUUAAAUUGUGGAGUACAGAGCCAAAUCAAGAAAAAAAUAUCUUUAUCUCAAACAUUAUGGAGCUCAUUAUAUAUAAGUCAGGUAUGCCUUCCAGUGUCCAACCAGUGAUGUGUGUGUGUGUGUGUGUGUGUAUGGGGUAAUGUGUUUGUAUGUAUAUGCAUGCAUAUGCAGUUUCAUGAGAUACAUUUUUGAGGUAAGUAUAUGAUAGUGGAUAGGGGUUGUCAAAAGAGAGGAAGGUUGAAGAUGGAGAAACUAGAAUGACACCCUUUGGAGCACUCUGUAUAAUGAGUGUAAAUAUUAAUGAAGAUAAUCAACAUGCUGGCCAUCCACUGGGCCAUUCAAAAUGGACCCCCCCCCCACCACCACCACCACCACCACUUUUCCUCACUCAGCACCUCAUCCUGCCUCCAAUCUUCAGUGCCCUACCAUGUCCCUACUGGUUAUAUACACCUGUCUUCUCACUCUCUGCUGCUUUUAGAUAAACGCUCUCUCAAUACUCAACUGUCCAUUCACUGUAUACAGCAAAUAUAAAAUCAUAUGUUGAGUCUCCAGCUUCACUGUAUUCACAUUCUGAUUACUUUUAUCAUUAUUGAUGAUUCCAAUUAAGAUUGUAAACUGUAUUCUUAUUUCCCCCAUGCACAGUAGAACAAGGUUUUCCUAUUAAAAUUGAAAAAAACAACAACAAUGAAAAAUGUUUUAAAAAAGAAAUGUCUGUAUUAUAUUAUAAAGAUAAAGUGCACUAUUAUUAUUACUAUUAUUGCCUGUGAUUAAAAAUGAAUAAUAAUGACAACAAUUAUGGUCAUAAGUGAAAAAUAAAUAUCACAUUAUUAUGAUUAUAUUAAUAAACUUUAAAAAGGAUGAA